AUGGUGGAAGUGAACAUUCACGAUAUCUGGCGCGGCAACCUGGACGAGGAGUUUGCAAAGAUCCGAGCUCUUGUGAAGGACUACCCCUACGUGGCGAUGGACACAGAGUUCCCGGGCGUCGUGGCGACACCGAUGGGCCAGUUCCGCUCGAAAGAAGAUUUCAACUACCAGCAGGUCUCGUGCAACGUCAACAUGCUCAAGUUGAUCCAGGUUGGCUUCGCACUCGUCAAUGAUAAAGGAGAGCUCCCGCCCGGCGGAGAUGUGUGGCAGUUCAAUUUUACGUUUAACCUCGACAGCGAUAUGUACAGCGUCGAGAGUGUGGAAAUGCUGCGCGCCGCCGGCAUCGACUUCGCCAAGCUCAAGACCGACGGCAUUGGAAUGGAAGAGUUUGGCGACCUGUUGACCACGUCGGGCCUUAUCACAGACGAGCGAAUCACUUGGAUCACGUUCUCCAGCGGCUACGAUUUUGGAUAUUUAACGCGCGCCAUUCUGAAUGUAGAGCUUCCGAAAGACGAAUCCAGCUUUUUCUCCUUCCAUCGCAUCCUCUUCCCUAAAUGCUUCGAUGUUAAACUAUUGAUCAGACUGCCCAUUUGCCAGAGCGCCAAGCUGAAGGGAGGACUUCAGGAGGUUGCCGAUCAGCUGGAUGUGAAGCGCUACGGCGCCCGGCAUCAGGCCGGCUCAGAUGCCUUGCUCACCGCCAAAACUUUCUUCAAGAUCAAGCAGCAAUUCUUCGAUGGAGACUCCUGGAACCACGUCUCGAAGAUUGUCUGCGGCCAUCUGACCGGCCUCGGCGAGUCGCGCACCGUCGGCGGCUUCCCCUCAAGCAGCCAGAACCUGUCGUCUAUCAUCAAGGAGGCCGAUGUGAAAGUGCGAGCAUGGUACCCAGAAAUGCCGCACCCUUCACAAUCAAACAAAGGCCGGAAAAGAAGAGCCAAGUUCACCGACGAGAUUCAAGAAGAUCUGAAGCCACAGAAGGCGAUAAAGCUUCUAAAUCAGGAGGUAGACCUUGAUCUUCCCGGUGACGGCCAAUUCUAUUGCAUCGAAUGCGCACGCUACUUUGCGGAUGGUGACACGAUGGGCAAGCACAAGAAAUCUAAGCCGCACAAGCAACAAUUGAGAAGACUGAAGGAGGUCCCGUAUUCAAUAACCGAGGCGCGGGCAGCUGGUGGUAUGGGUGUGGCGCCGGCGAUUAAGAACUUGACUCCUGGCGAAGUGACGGCGAUGAACAAGGCGGCAAAGAGCGACGUCAAGAUGGCCGAGGAAGAUUCCACCAAG